AUGUCUGCCAGGAAACUGAGCUCUCAGAAUCCAAGUUUCUCUUCUGCUUUACUUAGCCUGCUAUCUGGAAGUUAUUUUAAAUAUGCUAGGAUUUCCAGAUGCCAAUUUCAUGUUUAUUGGAAUCGCAAAGCAGUCUAUCCCUUCAUCAGAAGAUCAUCAUUGAUCAACUUGGACAUGAGAACUACGGGAUUGAAAUUUCAGCAUUGGUUCACCCAUCCUUCACUAUCAUUUUCAACUAUGACUGGAACAAUCCUUGUGCAGGCUCGAGACCCUGGUAAACUUUCUGAAGAAUUGCAAAAUGCAAUCGAUGAGCAUAGACUCGGUGAGGCAUGGAUCUUGCACGAGCAGCAUAUGCAGAUGGAAGGGUUUCCUAGGAAAUCUAUAGUGAACAAGUUGGUGGCAAGUUUUGCAGAAAGUCUAAACCUUCAAUGGCUUGAGAAGGCUUAUGGAUUGGUGGAACUAGCCAUUGAGGAGCACAAGCAGAACUUGUUAGAGAAGGAGACUCUAGUUUAUCUCUCCUUAUGUCUUGCCAGAGGUGGCUUCCCUGUUCUGGCAUCAACUGUUCUGAGAAAACUGGUAGAAAUGGAACUAUUUCCUCCUGUAACCGCUUGGUCUGCAAUCUUAGCCUAUAUGUCGCAAACUGCUCCUGGAGCUUAUCUUGCUGCUGAAUUGGUUCUUGAGAUAGGCUACUUGUUCCAAGAUGGAAGGGUGGACCCACGCAAAAAGAGUAAUGAACCUCUGAUUGCUAUGAAACCCAAUACAAACAGCGUUAACAUUACUUUGGCUGGGUGUCUUCUUUUUGGUACUACUAGAAAAGCAGAGCAGCUUCUUGACAUAAUGCCUCGCAUUGGUGUAAAAGCUGAUGUGACCUUAUUGGUCAUCAUGGCCCAUAUUUACGAAAGAAAUGGGCGAAGAGAAGAGCUCAAGAGGCUGAAGAGACACAUUGAUGAAGCCCAGGACCUAAGUGAUAUUCAGUUUCGGCAGUUCUACAAUUGUUUGCUUACAUGUCAUUUGAACUUUGGUGAUCUAGAAUCUGCAUGCCACAUGGUUCUGGAAAUGCUUAGGAAAGCAAAGAAAGCGCAAGAUUCUCUUGGUGUGGCUAUGCUGGUAUUUGACUCUGCUGGAAAUGGGAAUACGUCACCACCUGAACUAGUUUCUACAGAGUUUUUGAGUCACAGAGUACCAGAUGGACCUGAUGAUCCCAUGUUACUUAGAAACCUGACCUUGUCUUAUGGAGAUUUUUGUAGGGACCGGAAAUUUUUAAAGCUUGAGGCUGAAGCUAAAAAAAUACUUGAUGCGAUGUUAUUGAAAUUGCAGAAGCGAGUUGAAUUAAUCACAACUGAGCGUGGUAUUCUCCUACCCACUGAAAUAAUCUAUGUGAAGUUGGUCAAGGCUUUCUUAGAAGCUGACAAGACAAAGGAUUUGGCCGAAUUUCUGAUCAAGGCGCAGAAGGAAGAGGCCCCACUUUCCCCUGAUAAUUCUGCCUUGGUUCAGGUGAUUAACUCAUGCAUUUCGCUUGGAUGGCUAGAUCAGGCAUACGACCUUCUUGAUGAAAUGCGCUUUGCUGGUAUUAGAAUUGGUUCUUCCGCAUAUGCCUCCCUGUUGAAAGCAUACUCUAAAGAAAAUCGGGCCGGAGAGGUAAUGUCAAUUCUACGAGAUGUUCGUAAGGCUGGGAUCCAGCUGGAUUCAAGUUGUUACGAGGCAUUGAUCCAGUCCCGGGUGAUCCAGAAAGACACUCAUGGGGCCCUCAAUCUGUUCAAAGAGAUGAAAGAGGCUAAGAUACCAAGAACUGGUCAUCAAGAAUUUGAGAUGUUGGUUAAAGGAUGUGCAGAGAGCGGUGAAGAUGGUUUGAUGUCGAAGCUCUUGCAGGAAAUCAAGGAAGGACAGAGAGUGGAUUAUGGAGUUCAUGACUGGAACAAUGUGAUUCACUUCUUCUGCAAGAAGAGACUGAUGCAAGAUGCUGAGAAGGCUCUUAAGAAGAUGACGAGUUUAGGACAUUCCCCAAAUGCACAAACUUUCCAUUCUCUGGUUACUGGCUAUGCUGCUAUUGGGGGAAAAUAUCAGGAGGUAACAGAGCUGUGGGGUGAGAUGAAGGUUCUUGCUACUUAUAGUGGGAUGAAGUUUGAUCAGGAAUUGUUGGAUUCUGUGCUUUAUACAUUUGUGAGGGGUGGAUUUUUCAUUCGAGCAAACGAAGUUGUUGAGAUGAUGGAAAAAGGGAAUAUGUUCAUUGACAAGUACAAGUACCGCACUGUUUUCUUGAAGUACCACAGAACACUGUAUAAGGGCAAGGCUUCCAAAGUCCAGACAGAAUCCCAGUUGAAAAAGAGAGAGGCAGCAUUGACCUUCAAGAAAUGGUUGGUGUUAUCUUGA